AUGGCAUCGCACGCGAGCUCCAGCCGGACAGGUACCCGUGUGCCCUUUGGCGAUGCCACGUCUCGAGCCAACACUCCGAACGCACCGCAACCUGCCCCGACCAGCAAGCAUGCUGCCGCCGCAUACAUUGGGAACUCGGACUCUACGGUGGCCAUGAAGCUGUCAGCAUCCGUGUCUGCCGUCUCCCCCGGCCCGCCAUCGGUCGAUAGACAGCAGCGGAAGCUUGACCAGUACUACCAGGAAUACCAGCAGGAAUACGAAGAAGCGUACCGGCAGCAGGCUGCUUACCAACAUGCUCAACAACAAGCCUACGAGCAGCAGCAACGGCAGCGCCGUCACCAGCCAGACGCUGACCACGACAUGACCGAUGCGCCGCCACUGGACCUUGCAGAGGCCAGCAAGCGGCACUCAGCUACAUCCGGGGACUCGCGGCAUACAGCUGACUCCAAGCGCGCAUCACAGUACUCUUCUUGCGACGGAUUCCCAAAUAAGAAGUCCCAUAUUGGCCCCUGGCAGCUCGGCAAGACGCUGGGCAAGGGUUCUUCCGCGCGUGUGCGGGCUGCCCGCCAUUGCACAACGCACCAGCCUGUGGCUGUCAAGAUCAUCGCCAAGAAAACUGCUCGCAUGACCCAGUCUGGCAGCAUUGCCCAGCUCGACCAAUUCGACAGCAACCUGCCGGAGAACAUUAACGGCGUUCGUCGUAUGCCGCUUGCUAUUGAACGCGAGGUGGCUAUUCUCAAGCUGAUUGAGCAUCCUAAUAUUGUGAAGCUCUACGACAUUUGGGAGAACCGCAAUGAGAUCUACUUAAUUCUCGAAUACGUCGAGAAUGGCGAUCUGUUCACAUACAUGAUGAGUGCCGUGCAGUACUGUCACGCAUAUAACAUCUGCCACCGCGACCUGAAGCCAGAAAACAUUCUCUUAAAGGCGGAUGGUCAAAUCAAGAUCGCCGACUUCGGCAUGGCUGCUUUGCACCAAGGACCACGAUAUCAACUGCAGACGUCAUGUGGCAGCCCUCAUUACGCUGCUCCGGAGCUUCUCAAGGCCCGUCCCUACCGUGGAGACAAGGCAGACAUUUGGAGUAUGGGCGUGAUUCUCUUUGUUAUGCUCGCCGGCAGACUGCCAUUUGAUGAGGAUGAUAUGGGCCUGAUGCUGGCCAAAGCUAAGAAGGGCAUUUACACAAUGCCCGGCGCUUUCAGCCCGGAUGCAAAAGACCUUGUCCAUCGUAUCCUCCAGAUCGAGCCCGAGGUCCGCAUUUCCAUGAACAAAAUGUGGCAGCAUCCUCUUAUAUGGAAAUAUGGCUAUUUGGACGACCUUGGCAGCAGCGGCACUGAUGGUCAAGGCCAGGGCGGCCGAGGCACGCAAGUUACACCGCUCGAUCUGGCAAGCAUUGACACGCAGAUCUUCCGCCAGCUUCGCUCCAUGUGGCAUACAUUGCGGGAGGAUGACCUGGCUGCCAAACUUGUUAGCAAUGAGCCCAACGACCAAAAACUGUUCUACUGGCUGCUGCAUGGCUACCGAGAACGGCAGCAAGAAGAUUACAACCCGACACUCACACACUCCGUCAGCGACUAUCACCAUGUGAAUCAAGUUUACUCGAAGAAGGUGUCAACUCGAAAGUUCUCUCAGUCAAAUGCCGCAGGCCACAAGCGGAGCGUGUCGCGGUUUACUGUCAUUUCCAACGUCGCGGAAACAGAGGCCGGUACCGAAGCUGGAACCGUCAAGUCUUACGACCCGUAUAAGUCUUCGAUUGUCAUGGAGCCCAGCGACGCGCGGGCAAGUCAUGCGAAGAUUGUCGUGCACCGCAACAAUCCAAACGUCGAGGCCGAGGUUCGAUCUAUGGUCCAAGCAGAAGCCAUGAAGGCAAAGGCAAGUGCAGCGGCAACGAAGAAAAAGGUCUAUGUUCAACAACGCCGUGGAUCAGCGGCUUACUUGAAAGCGCCGCGCGGUUCAAUGAGCUCCAUUCGCAGCACACGGAGCAUGCGCAGCAUGAAUGGAAAACAGGGCGUUCGCCCUACAUCAAGGCAUAAACGCGGCGUGGAUUUUUCCAAAGCACGCAAGCCAUCCGCCCAGGAAGCUGACCCCGACACGGAACCGCUCAUGAGCGGCGCCAAUGGUGUUUCGCAACCCAGGGACACUACGCCGGUAUGGAACGAGGACCUUACGGAUUUCAGCUGCAGGAUUGCCAAGGACCUAGAUGAUGCUUUCAUGAGCUCGCUUUUGGUUGUCGAUUCUUCCGAGAGGGAUGAAAGUAGGGACUCACCGUUUUCUCUUCGACUGAGUAGUCCUGAGCUGACCGUGCCCCCUGAAUCGGCAGCGCAAGCUUCACAGUCGAACAAGCACAAGCCAUGGCACUCCAGACCGUUGCCUCCUUCACCGCCACAUUCCGAAUCCGUGAAGCGGGAAAUUAUGCGUGCUAAGGAAGGUCAAACCCAAAAGAGACCGAAGACGGCCACCGGGCCGAAAGAAGCACGCAUCGACUCUGCUGCAAUUGGUGUUGCGACAUCCUCGAACACCAAGUUACAGGCGCGUAUUGUGAAUGUUCCACCUCUUUCUCACGGCUCUGAUGACCGUCGCAUUGUCUCGGCGCCCGUCUAUUCGCAGUCUGGAAAGACAGGCGUGGUUCCGUUGCCGUCUAUCUACGAGACCAAGCAAGAGAACUGGCCAUUGGCAGAUAAAGACAAGCCGCGCGCAUCUUCUGCACCAUCGAAGAAGAACACAGUGCAUAAGGCACAGGACAUCGUGGAACUGGCUCACCUUGCGCAGGCUGAGAACACCAUCCGACUCGUAGUCUCGCCUACGACUACUCGGUCCAACGCACCUAUCGCAACACCGAGACCUCUCAGUCUUCCCAAACAGGUCAGCCGUGCUGAGCCUACUAAAGAGCGUCCUGUCUCUGACCCGCAGCAGAAGACACAUCAACGUUCCAUGGAGAAUGGGAAGCAACCCUCGUCUUUGGAACAGCAAUCGUCACGCCAACAGCAACGACCGCAGAGUCGCCAAGAAAAAACAAUCAAGUACCGGCCUGAACCAAUUACAGAGACGAUUGUGGAAGAAACCACUGUGUCGAACCACGGCUCUAUGAGCGGGGGAAGUGAUCGAAGCUCAAUACUUCCCACGAGACUAUCGUGGUUCAAGCGCCAGUCCAAGACCGACAUACGCAACAACACAGUAGAGGCGUCUGAGCGCCCUGUUACACAGAUUUCGCGCCACACCGAAGCACCAACAAUCGUAUCGGCAGCUGAAGCACCCCCGCACGCUCUCUCUAGGAAGAAGAGCUUUAUUUUCCCGUUCUGGAAGACGUCCUCCAAGAGCGACACGAAGCUGUCUGUGGCAGACGGGGACAGUCAAUUUGAAAUGGAGGGGGCGCUGCAGCGGCCCAAUCAGUCGCGCAUGAACAGUGGGAACAGUCGGACCAGCAGGACGAGCAGGAACAGCGGAAACGGCAGCCAACGGAGUAAGAAUUCGAACAACAGCCGGUCAGGUCGCAAUAGCUGGAACGACCACGACGACGAGCCUAAUGCGCGAAAGAUCGAGCCUCAGCAAAACUGGCUAUCACGCCUUUUCCGUGUGAAGCCUGCGACGCGGCAUCUGUGCCUGGGGCUGUCGCAACGCCGUGCACGCCAGGAAGUUGUGAUGCUCCUACGGGACUGGCGUCGUUAUGGUAUCCGGGAUAUCGAAGUUGACAAGGAGCGCAACAUCGUGUUUGCUAAGGUUAUAGACCUCGGCAUCCGAGAAGUGGCUUUUGCCUGCGAGAUCAUUACUGUGAUUGAGCAUGGAAAGCGAAACCACCUUUCUAUUCUUCGCCUGACACAGGAAAAGGGCUCCGCCAACAGCUUCCACAAAGUGGCGGACACGAUAAAGGGCGUUAUGCGAGAGCGUCACCUCGUUGUUCCCGACAAGCGUAAGGCCAAGAUGAUGGUCAAAACGCUGAAUUCUUAG